AUGGCGAGGGAUGACGAUGUCAUGCAGUGGAUCUACUGGCAUCAUGGGACAAGACAGCCCCCCCUCACUGCCUGGCGCUGGCCCCCCACAGAGCACGUGGUUCCGUUCCUGACGCAGCCGUGCCUGCCGGCCCUGCAGCUGGACAGCGGCGCCGUCCUCUUCUCACCCAACGCCAUUUGCCGGUAUUUUUUCCUCCUCUCUGGGAAGGAGCAGGAUGACGUGGCCAACCAGUGGCUGGAGUGGGAGGCCACAGAGCUGCAGCCGGCUGUCUCGGCCGCCCUGUAUCUGCAGCUGGUGCAGGGGAAGUCGGGAGAGGAGGCGCUUGCGCCCGUGCGAGAGGCGCUGGCUCAUGUGGACCAGGGCCUGGCCCAGCGUGGCACGACCUACCUCACUGGGGAUGCGGAGUCAGUGGCCGACGUGGUCGUGUGGGGGGCCCUGUUCCCGCUGUUCCAGGAUGGCUCCUGCCUGCCAGACAACCUGGGGCUGCUGGGCAGCUGGUUCCGGAGCAUGAGCCAGCUGGCGCCGUGCCGCGCUGCAGCUGCAGCCGUGCUGACCCCUGAGGGGGCGCGGGAGCUCCGAGCCCACCUGCAGCGGCAGCCGGUGCCUAGCCCGGCCUUCAAGCGCCCGGCCACCAACGAGCCCGAGGAGGAGGAGUCAGCCGAGCAUGCCCUUUCGGAGGAGGACAUCGCUGCGGCUGCCGACGCCUGGGCCCAGGGCACAGCCGCGCUGCCUGAACCCUGGCAGCCCCAGCACCCCGUGCUGCCUGUGGCCGGCCGCAAGAAUGUGCUCAUCACCAGCGCGCUGCCCUACGUCAACAAUGUGCCCCACCUGGGCAACAUCAUUGGCUGCGUCCUCAGUGCCGACGUCUUCGCCAGGUACUGCCGCUUGCGGAACUGGAACACGUUGUACGUGUGCGGCACGGAUGAGUACGGCACGGCCACAGAGACCAAGGCCAUGGAGGAGGGGCUAACGCCUCGGCAGAUCUGCGAUAAGUACCAUGCUAUCCACGCCCGCGUCUACAGCUGGUUCGGCAUCUCCUUCGACUACUUUGGCCGCACCACCACACCGCAGCAGACCAAGAUCGCCCAGGACAUCUUCGGGCGCCUGCUGGAGCGCGGGUUCCUGCGGUCGGACAUGGUGGAGCAGCUACGCUGCGAGCGUUGCCAGCGUUUCCUGGCUGACCGCUUUGUGGAGGGCAUCUGCCCCUUCUGUGCCUACGAGGAGGCCCGUGGCGACCAGUGUGACAAGUGUGGCCGCCUCAUCAACGCCAUUGAGCUCAAGAGACCUCAGUGCAAGAUCUGCCACGAUUCCCCAGUGGUGAAGUCCUCCCAGCACCUCUUCCUGGACCUGCCCAAGCUGGAGCAGCGCCUGGAGCAGUGGCUGGAGCAGUCAUGGGCCACAGGGGACUGGACAGCUAAUGCCCGCUUCAUCACACGCUCCUGGCUCAGGGAUGGGCUGCGUCCACGCUGCAUCACACGGGACCUGGCGUGGGGCACACCUGUGCCCCUGGAUGGCUUCCGUGACAAGGUGUUCUACGUGUGGUUCGACGCCCCCAUUGGGUACCUGUCCAUCACAGCCAACUACACAGACCAGUGGGAGCGGUGGUGGAAGAACCCUGAGCAGGUUGAGCUGUACAACUUUAUGGCCAAGGACAACGUCCCCUUCCACAGCGUCGUCUUCCCCUGCUCCUUGCUGGGUGCUGAGGAUGGCUACACCCUGGUGAAUCACCUUGUUGCCACAGAGUACCUCAACUAUGAGGAUGGGAAGUUCUCCAAGAGCCGUGGCGUGGGUGUCUUUGGGGACAUGGCCGAGGACACGGGGAUCCCAGCUGACGUCUGGCGCUUCUACCUGCUAUCGCUGCGGCCUGAGGGCCAGGAUAGCGCUUUCUCCUGGGCUGAUCUGCUGCUGCGCAACAACUCCGAGCUGCUCAACAACCUGGGCAACUUCGUCAACCGGGCUGGGAUGUUUGUGUGCAAGUUCUUUGGGGGCUGCGUGCCAGAGAUGGAGCUGAGCUCCGAUGACAAGCGGCUGCUGGCACGGGUGGGCCUGGAGCUGCGCCGCUACACACAGCUGCUGGACAAGGUCCGGAUCCGGGAUGCUCUGCGCUGUGUCCUCAACAUCUCCCGCCAUGGUAACCAGUACAUCCAGGUGAAUGAGCCCUGGAAGCGCAUCAAGGGCAACGAUGCUGACAGGGGCCGGGCAAGCACAGUGACGGGCGUGGCAGUGAACAUGGCCUGCCUGCUCUCCAUCAUGCUGCAGCCCUACAUGCCCAGCAUCAGCGCCAGUAUCCAGGACCAGCUGCGCGCCCCUCCUGCCUGCUGUGUGCUGCCAUCCGCCUUCGUCUGCACCCUGCCCCCUGGGCACCGCAUUGGCACGGUGACCCCCCUGUUCCAGAAGCUGGAGAAUGACCAGGUGGAAGCCCUGCGCAAGCGCUUUGGGGGUGGGCAGCCUGAAGAUGAUGCCUUAGAGCCCCAGGCUAAAGCUGCCCCACCCAAGCCCCCACCUGGUGUGGACCUCCAGAAGGUGAAGGAGCUGAGCGAGCAGGUGGCUAAGCAGGGCACCCAUGUGCGGGAGCUGAAAGCUGCCAAGGUGGAGAAGGGACAGAUCGACAGAGAGGUGGCCAAGCUGCUAGAGCUGAAGAGGCAGUUGGCAUUGGUGGAAGGGCGUCCCCCAGAGCCCCCUGCCCCUAAGGGCAAGAGAAAGAAAUAAAGGGGAGGGGGUUAGGCACAGGCCCCCCCCCCCCACGAGACAGCAGGAGGCGGUAGCCAGGAUCCAAGAGUGAUAUAUAUGUACAAUAAAUACAGCUCCUAGUGCC